AGCCUGUUAGGGACUGAGGGAGAGAGAGGGUUGCGUCACUCACUGCUGUCACAUGCCGCUGAGCAGGAGGCGCGGAUACAUUGUCCUGUGUCAGUGAGGGAGGAGCCGCUAUGCCAUCUCACACACGCCACUUGUUCCUCGCCACUCGCAGGGCAGGCGUGGGCAGGAGCAGGCUGGGAGGCGGAGUGAAGGACUGAGGGGCUGAAGAAGUGGGAGCUGUGUGACCGGUUUGCGUGUCGUCUGCUUCUGGGACUCCACCAACACUGUGUGAAUAUCUACGCCAGCAGGAUGGGGAGAGAGAAGAGCUGAGGGACUACAGAACAUAAGAACAUAUGGAGACUGCAAGAGGUGAACGAUGAACAAGGUGGUUACUGUUGGCUGCCCACUCAGAUUGUCAGCAACAACACGCCUCUUCAUGUAGCUGACAGCUAUUUUUCCACAGAGCUUUACGGAAGGAAUGAUGAAGGGCAGCACAGAGAGAAGAGGUGAUGGCUACCCAAGCACUGUGUUGGGUCGGAUCAGCUUGGGUGUUGUCACUGGGCUGGAGAAAGCGUUCUAUCGCUAUGGAUAUAGCAUUGCACAACACCCAGCUGUAUUCAUGGUCAUAUGUCUGACAAUAACUUGUGCUUUUUCUGUUGGUUUAAUGAAAUUUACAGUAGAAGAAAGGCCCUUCAAACUGUGGAUUCCACAAGACUCUGAUUUUAUUCGUGUGAUGGAGUGGCAGAAGGAGAACUUUCCUGCCCAGUUCCGUGCACAUAUUGCCCUGUAUGAGGCAGAGAAUAUACUAGAAAAAACUGUGCUCAUGGAGAUGCUCAGGGUACAUGAAGCAGUUGCAAAUGCCACUACAUCCAAAGCCACAUGGCCCUCAGUUUGUGCCAAAUUGCCUUCUAUCCCAGACUCAAUAUUUAGCCGCAAGAAAAGAAGUACUAGAAGUCAGAAACAUGUAGCUGAUCAAGAGUUUCUUUUAAGGAACAGGGUUAAGAGAAGCCAGGAUGAUAAAGGAAUUGAUUGGAGUACAAUACUUUCUAGAGGACAGUAUUGUGGAUUUUUAGAGGAUAUUUCUCAGGAGUGUAUGGAACACAGCAUCCUGGAAGUGUGGGGUUAUGACAAGGACUAUAUCAGCACUUUGACACAAGAGGAGAUUAUAGAAGAUAUAAAUUAUGUUGAAAAGAGUGCAGUCUUUGGGUUUCCAACUAAUUUUAGUACGAUGCUUGGAGGUAUUGAAAGGGACAGUGAAGGACUGGUGAGAAGGGCCAAGGCCGCCAGGCAGCUGUGGGUCACACGUAUCAACUUCACAGCUGUAAAAACUGGUGACUUCGCUGAUGACGCGGGUACAGGCAUGGAGGUGGAUACUGCCAGCUUUGGGUGGGAGAAGGAGCUUAUCAAGGCAGUACUAAAUGAAAGUGAGAGACCAGACAAUAUAUCUUUGUACCUCAUGGCAGCCUCAAGCUUUGGAAUGAUAAGUGGGGAUACCAUCCUUGGGGACGCUCAGUACCUGGGAGUUGGCUUCAUGGUAGUGUUUAUAUACGUUCAGGUGAUGCUGGGCAAGUUCAACUUGGUUGAACAGCGACCCAUCCUCUCCUUGAUGGGAUUAAUGUGUGUGGGAAUGUCAAUCUUUGUGUCCUACGGAAUAUGUUCCAUGUUUGGUGUACCAUUUGGUCCGGUCAACAAUGUUUUGCCAUUUUUACUGUUAGGACUUGGUAUUGAUGAUAUGUUUGUUAUAAUGCAAGCUUGGAAUAACCUUACUCCCAGAGAGAAAACACUGACACUCUCAGAAAGGAUUGGAUGUGCUUUGAAACAUGCUGGUGUUUCCAUUACUGUAACCUCACUCACAGAUUUUGCUGCCUUUGCCAUAGGAAGUAGCACAGUGUUGCCAGCACUUAGGUCUUUCUGCUUGUUUGCUGCAGUUGGCAUUGCUGCUGUAUAUUUCUUCCAAGCUACAUUUUUUGUGGCUUGGUUCAGUCUGGACCAGCGCCGGCUGGAGGACAAUCGUCAGGGUAUCUUCUGGUGCUGGAAAGUUAAAAACUGGACUCCAAACCAGUGUAGUCAGAAAGAUUUGUGCCAAACAUUUUUUAGUGAAUUUUAUGCCAAAUAUUUACUCAAAGGGCCUAUCAAAAUCGUUAUUUUGGUAGUUACCGCUGCACUCCUGAGUGUUUCUGCGUGGGGGCUGUCAAAUCUUCGCCAAGAGUUCAAUCCCAUCUGGUUCCUCCCUCAGAGUUCAUAUUUAUUCAAGUUUUUCAUGAAACAUGAACAAUAUUUUUCAACUGAUGGUGAGGAAGGAAUUAUUUAUUUUGGGAAUACUAAUUUGACUGCAGAGCUGCCAAAUAUUGAAGCCUUAAUGAUGAGAUUAAAUGAAAGUGAAUAUAUCAGUGAGGUUGACAGCUGGUAUUUAAAAUAUAAGAAAUAUUGGGAAAAACAGGGCUAUUUGGUGCCAGAUCCUGAAGAAACAGAAGAAGAGUUCUUGGAUCAGCUGAGCAUGUUUCUUCAUUCUCCAAGUGGUUCUCGCUACAGGGCAAAAAACUUCCUUUUUAACAGUACCUUUGGCUGCACUGAGCCAGCAACUCAAGUGUUGGCAUCAAGUGUGGAGUACAAACACCACAUUAUGUCAGACUCACAGGAGGAGAUCAGAGCCAUGGAUGAACUGAAACACAUAGUUGGGACCUCCAACAUUAGUGGGUAUGUGCAGCCCUUUGCCAGAGCUUAUAGUGGUUGGGAGACAAACAAAAUAAUUGAAAGAGAGCUCUACCACAACAUGGGUCUUGCUAUGCUAGUCGUUUUAUUGGUGACACUUUUGCUGAUUGCCAAUGUGUCGGCCAGUUUGAUGGUGCUGCUGUGUGUGGUGCUCACCCUGGUGGAUGUGGCUGCCCUCAUGCACUGGUGGGGCCUCACCAUUGACACUGUGUCCUGCAUUGACCUGGUGCUGGCCAUUGGUCUAUGUGUGGACUAUGCAGCCCAUGUGGCCCACACCUUCAUGAUCAAGGUCGGGAGCAGGGACCAGCGGGCCAAGCAGGCGGUGGCCACCAUUGGGCCGGCUGUUCUCAACGGAGGCUUCAGCACCUUCCUGGCUUUCGUCUUCCUUGCCAACUCUGACUCCCAUGUUUUCAGCUCAUUUUUCAAGAUAUUUUUUGGUGUUGUGCUGUAUGGCCUGUACCAUGGGCUGGUGUUCCUACCAGUGCUGCUGUCUCUAGUGGGUCCUGCUGCUUACCCCAGUGCAGGCUCCAGUCCAUCCCACCAUCCUCAUGAAGUGGAGGACUUGUGUCCACAGUCUGCUCAACCCCCUGGCUGCAUCCACCAAGACUAUCCUGAAGAAGUUCCUCUGGGAAGUAAAGCAAACACCACUGCAGACACAGAACAAUCAAAUCACUGUGUCACCAGCAGUGGAAUAAGAAAAGUUAUCAUGCAAGUAUCUAGUGUUUGAAUUUUGUAUUCUUGGUGAAAGCUGUUUACACACAUGUAAUACAUUUCAUAUACGUUUUCAUUGCACUAAUAUUUAGUUUGAUGAAUACAUGAAACUGGAGAGUACAUUAUUAACAAAUACCUCACUAGUGGUGGACUAGAAAACUAAUGGGGCGUCACCAGACCGAGGCCUGUGUUCCCUCUCCGGGGCGGACAAAUCCUAAGGAGAGGUGGGCGGCUAAAAAGCAGGUCUUUAUCAUGGAACACUGCUCAAAAAAUGCUAUGCAGCACAGUUUCUGAAGAUAACAAUUGAUUAUUACUUUUAUUACAAAAGGUACAAUAUAUACCUACAUAUUUUAUUUGUCUUGGUAUGAACAUUGUACUUGAUAAAUUGGCCUGCAGUAUUUUUUUGUAUAAAAACUGCUCAUGUACAAGUUAGUGUGUAACGGUUUCAACACUCAUGAAAUACAUAAUUUUGUAGUA